GCUCCCAGCUCUGCUACCUGCAAACCGAGGCCCAGCUUGGACCCUAAUCCUAACCUUUAUCCGAGCUCUAAACAAACCCCCAAAACUCAACCGUUACUCCAAACCGUAAGGUUCCCUACAUCAACUCUAACCCAAUUGCCCAAUGCUUAACCCUCACCAUUAUUUACUACCUCGCUAACUCCGUCUCUGCCGUCUGUGUUCGUCGUGUGCAGGGAGGCUGGCGGCGGCUGGUGGGGCAGCUGGAUUCACUCCACCCUGGAGACGGCGCGGAGCAAGUCGUCGGAAGCGCUGGAGUUCAUCAAGCGCGACCUGACGGAGUUCACGGAGGUGGUGCAGCACGACACCACGUCGACCAUCGCCGCCACCGCCUCGGCCAUGCGCGACAAGCUCGCGGUGGGGCCAUCCCCGCUCCCGCCGCCACUGCCCGCUGACGGCUCGACGGACACGGGGCGGAAGAUGAAGGAGAGCCUCUCGAGCCUGUUUGGGGUUAUCUCCGACGCGUUUUCACCCUCGCCUGACCGAACCCUGGACUGCGACGAGGUGGCCUUGGUGGCGACUCCGGACGGCUCCACGGAGCCCUACGACCGCGUCAAGGCCCGGCUGUACAGCCUGCAAGCCGACCCUGCCACGUACUGCAAUGAGCCUGAUGGCCUCCAGGAGCAUUUUAUGUCGUGGGCCGAGAGCUUCAGCCUGGAGGAGUGCAAGGCGGAGACGGCGGAGCUGCUGGUCGCGUGCCCCGCGAUCCGCGCCCUCUACACGCGCCUGGUGCCUGCGGCCGUGUCCCACCUGGAGUUCUGGCACCGCUACUUCUACAAGGUCUACCAGUUGGAACAGGACGAGGCACGGAGAGCUGAUCUGAUGAAGAGGGCAGACCCCAGCAGCCAGGACAAGGAGCUGGGCUGGGAAGAUGAGGAGGGUGAGUCUGCGGACGAUCUCCUGGACUCCAAGAAGGAGAGCAGAGUCGGCCACGUCCGCCCCUCCCACCCCGAGGCCGACGGGACCCGCCACGAGCCCCCCUCCGCGGAUGCGCCGCACCCCCCGAGCUCGCCGGCACAGACGCUGAGCGAACUCACGGAGACGGCGCUCUCGUCGAGCGGGCCCCCCGCCCGCCACGAUUCCGACAAACCGACCCCCUCCUCGCCCGCCGCGGACUCGAGGGCUGACGCCGGCGCCGCGCCUGACGCUCUCCCCCCUUCCGCGUCCUCGGAGACCGUGACCUCCUCGGACACGGUGACCGCGGAGACGCUCGUGUCGCGCGCGGCCGCCGCCGGAGACGGCGGCGCGGGCGAGCGGAGGGACUCGGCGUCCCCGACGCCUCCUCCCGCGGCCGGCAAGGACGAGGCGGUGACAGACCUGCGCGUGCUGGAGCUGCGGUCGGACAGCGGCAAGUCGACGCCGUCCAACAGCGCCAAGAUCGGCUCCAGCACAGACAUCAGCGAGGACUGGGAGAAGGAGUUUGAACUGGACAUGACGGAGGAGGAGAUACAGCAAGCGCUGGCCAAAGCAGAGGCGUCUGGGGAGAUGGAGGGCGACUGGGAAGACUGGGAGUGAGCGACAUGAGCGGCACGUCGACCCUGUCUUAACCCCCCUCGCUCCGCCUUCCUCUGUCCGGCGGCGGCGGCAGCGGUGGUGGCAACCGUUUCACCUCCCGCGCCCCGCGUGGCGUGCUCUCCACGGCCGUUUCACAUCACCGCAAAGUGUGGCUUUGCCCGGGACCUUAUCAUUUCUUCACGAGAGUUUUGGUCAUUUGAUAAAAAGUGGCAGUACGUGUACGUGCAUGGCCACCUCACACUUGUCCGGUGGCCGGUCCAGCAGACAGGCUGGGGAUAGGCCGCUGUAGGGCCUCGGUGGACCUUGUGGAAUCUUGAGUGAGAUGGGAGGCACUUCCAGUCGUAGAGGAUUUCAUCUGUUUAGGCUUCCUAAGGCCACCACUUAUACACUCGUGCACGUUAGUUAAAUUUUUCUUUCUUCCGCAAUUCAUUUUGCUUAUGGAUUGUGAGAAGCAGAACUUAGAGAAGCGACAACGGUAAGGGAUUUCUGAAGGCGUAAAAUCUUAGGUUUUUUUGGUACACAAAAAAACUUUAUGUUUGGCAUGCUGCAAAUGAAGAUCACGCAGCCAAAGUUCUUUCAUCUAAAGUGCGAAUAAUAUUGCCGUUAAAAAGUUCCAGCAAUGCCGCACGUUUGCUUGUGAUGUUGUGCGAUGUAGCGACAGCGGGUGUCACGGUCUGCGCUGGCAGUUGAAGCAGCAACCUGCGAAGUGACUGAUGCCAUAGACGUCUCUCACCUGUAUGUAUUACAUUGUAAAUUACUCUUGACAAAUCAUAGUGCCAUUCUUAUUAUUGCUAUUAUUCUAUAAGUAUAUGUGGCUUUUAAUAGCUAUAAUUGAAUUCUUAAGUACGUCUCCAUACCUGCAUGAUUUAAAGUAACAGUCUGCGUCAUGACAUGCUCGGGGGGUGUGUGUGUGUGUGUGAUCCAAGUGUGCAAUAUGAGAGGGUCAGCUCUGGUGAUGGAGAGAUUGCCAUCCCUGCUCAUCUCUGGCUCCCAAUGUGUCUUAUGGAUGGAUAGCAGCACCAGACAGAACUACUGUGGCCGUGAAGCUCUUGCGCCUCUUCGGAGGCUGCUGUGAGCCACGCGGCCCAUCCGUUGACAUCCGCAGUGUAGUUGAACCGACGACGCUCGCGCUCAGCAGCUGAUCGCGCCCACCCCUGGAGUGUGCAUUCUCUCGGGGCAUAAUUGGAAAAGCAAUUGUAGAUAAUAGUUUCGACUCUUUUUAAGCUUAAAGCAGAAUGACGCUCGUUAAUAUUUCUCAAGUUCGAACACUAGAUUCGGCCGCAGUAGCACUCGACGACUGUUCAGAUGCCGCCAGUUGUACCGUCGCUUGUGUGUGGUCAUGAGGUGGGAGGACAGCCUGCCUUGCCGAUGGCCGCCUGAGCGUUUUUGGCAGCGGCAGCAGUAGCAGUAGCUCCUGCUGGAGCUACCUGCUGUACCCGGGGGUCAUCGGAGACGUACACACCCAAGAGCGGCUUCACCUCCCGCGCCCUGUGUGGAGUGGUCAUGAAGCGGAGAACGGUGUUACUUGAAGGCGGACCGUCGGUCUGGCAAAGCUGACUCGGUGGCUGGGUUUGGACGUGACCGGAGUGAGAAGGCGAACUCCGGUUCGCACCUUGGUCUGCUUCUGAAUUGUCUUCAUCAGUUGAACUUUAAACAUUUGGGCAAGCACUUAAAUGUUUCAGUAUGGACACAAUGAGAAUAGGUCAUGGUUGGCUAUGCCUUAGGAAGUAGUUUAAUUUGGAAUUAGCAUAAAUUGAUCCAGAGUGUGGAAAUAUUGGAUCCUGUGGUUCGGUACUAUUUCUCAUGUAUUUACAGUUUGGUAAACACGUAGGCUUAUUCAAAAUGUGUUUUGCAUCGACUGGGCAGUUGUGUUACUUGUAAGACAAGGCAGAGUCCAUGUAAACAUAAACCUAAUGAUUUACCCCAUCAGCCCUCGGAUUUUCGGGACCAGUGUUUUUCUCCAAUAAUGUUUAAUUUGGAAACUUGAGCAGUUGAUAUUUGUUUUGUAAAUUAUGAUGUUUUAGCCAAGAGCCAGCCAUGAACACCCAUUAUGUGGUCCGUUUAGUGUCAGAACAAGGUCAUUGUUCAAAACCCGCCUUUGAAUUUGGCUGGGAUAUUUAAUUAGUUUUAAGUUCAAUAUUUAACGCUCACUAGUUCUACUCAGAAAUUGAGGCCUUUUACUUUAUUGGACUCGCCCAUUCGUGUGAGUUCACUGAUACCUUGGAAGCCAUGUGUGUGUGUAUGCAUUGGCUUGUACGUCUCCCUGUUGACACAGGUGCGAGCUGCUGCCAUCUACAGGAUGCGGAAUACAAUACAUUGCCAUGCAUCAUCACGAGAUAUCUUUUUCAUUUCCGCACUUGCUGUGCGCAAGGAAAUUAGCAGCAGAGUUGGGAGAUGUUAAAAGACACUCUCCACAGACGGAACUGUACAUAAAUGUCCUGUUUAGAAGAACUCUAGUAGCCAGGCGAAGUGAUGCCUAUCUUUGAUCCAGCACUGUGGAAACUAAGACUUGGUGGAUCACGGAUUUUGUGAAAGUCCCAAACCAUUUUAGGGCUGCGUGGUGACCUGGGGAAAGGUAUCGCAGCAAAUAUGUUUUUUUUUUAUCCUGUGUAGAACUUGGACCGUUAGCUUAGUAAUGCGUGCUGUGUUUUCUCCUGCGUCCCCAAUUUUCUCUCGCAUGCCACUCAUUCGUGGAAUUAGCCAAAACAUCCCAGUGCAGGGCCCUCCUGAUAAUGUAAAGUACGUUACCUCGGAGCUUCCCUGCAUCAACAGAGGGUAUUGUUCCUAGAAGGGCACUGCCCUUUAAGCAAUACUUCACUAUUACCACAACGUGGUAUUUGUGCGUUCCGCUAAUGAGCAUGCGCUGGGGGUGUAUGUAUGUUGAACUUUCACACCGCAUGUAGCCAACUGUUCAUCGGAGGUGUGAAAAUGCGCACCAGGAAGCCCGCGUUCCCCUCGAGAAGCGAUGGUGAGCCCCGUUACUGAAGCUGUUCCGGUAGAGUGCCUGCCAGACUUGUGCCGGAGCAGUGUCUCACGAUGGCAGGCUCACCGCAGCUGUUUUGGUAACUGUUGGAGCCCGGAGUCUGGCAGCGUCGCCGUACGGUACACAGGCCGCUCGAACGGCCUGGCAGAUGUCUGGUCCACUUGUCAACGCGGUCGUGGCUCAUAGGUCCAGUUUGGGGGGAACAAAACUCUUGACUCGGGUUUGCUUAGUUUUAGGCGGUGUGCACAGGUGAAUUCAUUAAUUCCCUGGAAUUAAAUGAGUUUCUGAAUUGGGGCUGUAGACGAGUGUGUGUAGUCGGUGUGGCUUUACAGGAGAACCGGUCUGCUGGGAGCGUAGGCCUGCUGCAUUAUCACAAUUAAAAUUCUGAACGAGUCCACCUGCAUGUGGAAUCCAAGCCUGGAGAAACCUGAGACGUGGUUUGUAGCUGCCACCGUCUUCAACUAAAUUCAGUGUGCGUAUUUUCAGUGCUGUAAACGAGCUACAAUAAAAGAGCUUUUCUCCGUAAUUGACACGGGGAUGCUUUUGUUGA